AUGGCUAACGACGCUCUAAGUGCUAUUUUCAGUAAUCCUUCGAGGAAAGGUGUCCAACCCUCCACAUCUAUUGUGUCAUAUACAAACAAUGAAGAUGAUAUUAUAGAUGUGGAAAAUGGGAAGUUCAACAAGAACAAGAAUAUCAACACUAAUGUGUAUGUGGACAACUCCUCAAUAGAGGAGAGCGAAGUCGUGCCCUUGCCCGAAACAAAGUCCAUCUGGAGUAAAAUAUACUACGAUUUCAUUGUGUUAGACAAGACAACUUUGAAUGUUUCGUUGAAAGAGUCGUUCUUGUAUAACAGAGACUUGAAACCGGUUGAAGAAGAAAGAAGGUGUUGGUCCUGGUUCAAUUACUUAUAUUUCUGGCUGGCAGACUGUUUCAAUAUUAACACAUGGCAAAUAGCUGGUACAGGUCUACAACUAGGUCUGAAUUGGUGGCAAUGUUGGCUUACAGUUUGGAUCGGCUACACUUUUGCAGGUAUCUUCGUAGUAUUGAACUCGAGAUUUGGUUCCGCAUAUCACUUAUCUUUCCCUAUUACUGUUAGGGCCUCAUUUGGUAUAUUCUUUUCUAUGUGGCCGAUUAUAAAUCGUGUCGUGAUGGCUAUAGUAUGGUAUGCCGUGCAAGCCUGGUUAGGUGCAACGCCCGUGGCACUGAUGCUAAAAUCUAUUUUUGGCAAGAAUCUGGAAGAUAGAAUCCCAAACCAUUUUGGUUCUCCAAAUAGCACUACUUUUGAAUUCAUGUGUUUCUUUAUAUUUUGGGUGGUCAGUAUACCAUUUGUCCUAGUGGCUCCUCAUAAAAUCAGGCAUUUAUUCACAGUAAAAGCAGCUUUGAUCCCCUUCGCAGCCUUUGGAUUUUUAAUCUGGGCUUUGAAGAAAUCGCACGGUAAAAUUGAGUUGGGGACGCUGAAUGAUUAUUCACCUCAUGGUUCCGAAUUUUCAUGGAUAUUCGUUAGAUCCCUAAUGGCCUGUGUUGCUAACUUUGCCGCUUUGAUUAUCAACGCCCCUGACUUCGGUAGAUUUGCCAAAAAUCCUCAAGCGUCUUUGUGGCCACAAUUGGUUGCCAUCCCAUUGUUCUUCGCCAUAACAUGUUUGAUCGGUAUCAUUGUUACUGCGGCCGGUUAUCACUUAUAUGGGGUUAACUAUUGGUCACCACUGGAUGUACUUGGUCAAUUUUUGGAGACCACUUACACCAGAGGUACUAGGGCUGGUGUGUUCUUGAUUUCUUUUGUAUUUGCCUUAGCUCAACUGGGUACAAACAUUUCUGCCAACUCUCUGGCAUGUGGUGCUGAUAUGACGGCUUUGUUUCCAAGAUAUAUUAAUAUUAGAAGAGGUUCUUUAUUCUGUGUGGCAAUGGCUCUAUGUAUCUGUCCAUGGAACUUAAUGGCCAGUUCAAGUAAGUUCACCAGCGCUUUGGGUGCUUAUGCAAUUUUCCUUUCCAGUAUUGCUGGUGUCAUUUGCGCGGAUUAUUUCGUAGUAAGAAGAGGAUAUGUGAAAUUAACACAUUUAUUCCUGGCACAGAAGGGUUCCUUUUACAUGUUUGGAAACAAAUUUGGUGCCAAUUGGAGGGCCUUUGUUGCGUAUAUUUGCGGUAUCGCUCCAAAUUUACCAGGUUUUAUAGGUGAUGUUGGAGCUCCAAAAAUUACGGUUUCAGAGGGUGCAAUGAGGUUAUACUAUUUAGGUUAUCCGGUAGGUUUCUUUAUUAGUGCGGUGAUAUACCUCAUAUUAUGUUACUUUUUUCCUGUCCCUGGUACUCCCGUAACCAAUUUUCUGACAGAGAAAGGAUGGUUCCAAAGAUGGGCUUAUGUUGAGGACUUCGAGCAAGAUUGGAAGAAUGAGUUACGUAGGGAUGACCUCUGCGAUGACACAGUCAGUAUCUAUGAUGGCACCGAGGAAAAGAUAGUUUACUAA